CACAUAACGCCGGCAAAGGACAGCAUGUGCGAUUAUGCAAACAGGCAGUGUAGCGACAACAAUAUCAAUAACAAAAUUAAUCAUAUUAACAGUAGCAGCAGCAGCAGCAGUAACAGUAUCUUUACAGAAGUACCCGAUCAGCAACAGCAGCAGCAGCAGCAGCGCAAGCUUUAUGAAAUUAUCGAUAACUUGAGUCAAUUGCGCCUGUGCGAUAGCAGACUGCCGCUCAUUACGCUCACCGAUUAUACACAACAGGUGGCGCUAUAUGGCGCCAAUUUUGAUAUUGCUGGCAAUUGUGAAAUGCAAAUACCCAACGAAGCCAGACCACCAACAUAAUACAACUGAAAUAUUCGUACAACAAUAAGUAGCAACAACAGCCAGUGCAAUCAAUUGCCAAACGAGAACAAACAAACAAAAUAGCACAGCACAGCUCAGCCCAGUACUGAACAAAGCGAAAGUGCCGCACGUCAUCGGAAAUCGUUUUUAUAUGCAAACGGCAGACAAACAACGACCAAAGCAGAAGCAGCAACAACAAUAUAACAACAAAAGCCUGCUACAGCUAAUAACGGGCUAGAACACAAAGAUAAAACGGAUUUUGAGCCAAACUAUUGCGUAUUUGGCGUCGCGUUCGAACAAUGGUUGCGGCUGCUGCCGACGUACAAGUUACAGCAACAACAGCAGCGACGUUAGCAGCGACAGCGGCAACGACAACUUUAACGAGCGGCAGCAUUCAAUUUGCCGCAUUAACGGCCGCCAGUGCCAGCGAUUCACAAGCAUCGACAUCUAAUCUAAAUAAAAAUAAUAACAACAGCAACACCAACACCACCAGCAGCAGCUUCAUCAGCAGCAGCAUCAUCAGCAGCAAUCAUAUUGAUAAGCAAGACUGCAUCAGCAGUACGAGCAGCAGCAGCAGCAACAGUAAAAACAACAACAACAUGUCAGAUGUAACCAUUGACGCAGCAGGUGCCGACGAUGCAACAACAUCAACAACAGCAGCAAAGACAACAACAACAACAGUAGCAACAGCAACAGUUGCAGCAACAACAACAUCAGCAGCGACAGCAACAACAGCAGGUGUAGUAGUUGCAGCGGUGCCAACAAAAAGUGCCGUUAGUCAGCGCAAUGUGGACAUUAAAAUUGAAAAGACCAGCAACAUGGAGGCUGCGACCAAGCAGUUGACCAAAAAGGUGCUCAAGCUUGAUUUAGGCGCCAAGAAUUUGGACGAAUAUUCGCUGAAGUCACCAAAGUCACCCAUAGCAGCACGUCUGCCGCAUCAAACAUCAUUGACGUCAUCGGUGGACGUUGAGGAUCGCAAGACUUUACGAGAGGCCUUAUAUCAGGGUAUAUUUCAUCGUCAUCGCCGCACCAUUUUCGCCGUGGGUAGUUUUCUCCGCAUGCUCCGCAGUCGCAAUUCCCAAUAUAACACCAUACGCAGCUCCUCGGAGGGCGAGGAUAUCGAUGAGUUUCUCAAGGCGCGUAAACUUUUCAAAUUCCCGCAUCUCUUCGAUCGCUAAGGGGAAACCACACCAACUAAAUAUUGAAUGAAUUGAGAGCUACUUCAAAUGAAAUUUGUAUUUAAAGUCAUAUAUUA